AUGUCAAUGGCAAUGUCUGUGGCAGGCCCAGAUACACGUCGCCGCUCAUCUCUCCCACAACUAAACCCGAGCAACUCAGCCUCGAGCCCAAUGGCCAUUGGGUAUCACCUUUCAGACGAGGAACGUGCCAUGUUUAUUGUUGCCUCGUCCAAACGACGACCAUCUGCGCAUUCUUUUUUUCAAUCUGGAUCGUCCGCCCCACUCUCAGCAUCUUAUACUUCGCCCCUAGCUUCAUCGUCUGGAGGACUUGGGCCACAAGGCCAUAUUUACAACCAUGUUUGUCGAUAUGGCAAUCCACAUGUCGCUGCAAUAUCCCCGAUCUUGACUCCCUUUCAAUGGUCAAGCAAUCCACGACAAUAUAUCAUGACUGAUAUCGGACCCCAGCCUCCUAACAGUCAAGCGCCUACUCUCCGAAGUCAAUCACACCCAGCACGCCAUCGACCUUGUCCAAAGAUCGGUUCCUCGUGCCUACUUGCAGCUGGAGGGUGUGGGGAGCAUGACGGGACAUUGUCAUGCCCACCAUCAUCCUAUUCAAAAAAAGCAAUGACAAGUCCACAGACAGCAAGCAUGACCAUGCAUGAUAGUUGUGGCACUCACAUGAGGUGCUCAACUGCCACGAAUCUUUGCACAAUUCCGCAAGACGAAGUAUUGCCAGCUAUGGGAGUUCCUCUGGAGCCACGAUUCGCACAUGAUGAGUGGGAUGAUGAAGAUGAAUAA